AGCGUGAAAGCCAUGUUGCCCCGCACACACCCCGCCACGCCGGCGAACUGUACGGCAUGGUUCGCUUGGUGGAGGGUCAGAUCGUCGCGGAGGAUGAAGAUGGCGCGGGUGGAUGGUUCCGGAGGCUGCUCCGUUGCAGGACGAUCAAUUUCCUGGGCUUCCGCGUUCCCCUGUAUUGGAGUUGCGUAAUCGUCGUCUUCGCAGGGCUCAAGUUUGGCAUCUUCGGACUUCUCUUCGUUGCGGCAGCUGCGGGCGCAAGCCAGUACGCCUGCAACGAUGGAGUUUCGGGCGGCGGCGGAAGCGGUGGCGGACGUCGACCAUUCGCCCGAGGGUCCAACGUCAGAGGUAUAAGCGACCUGCCGAAGCCUCCCCCGUCCAGCUGACGAGGGCCGGGCGCGUGCUAGAACAAGCUCUCUUCGUGUAUCAAUCUACACGAGAGCUUCUAGCACGCGUCCGAGUCGAAGCGAAACUCCUUCAGUACAACGAUGUUCAGAGUAUUGCGCCAUGUAGAGAGAUGCUCUGGUGAUGGCAAAUCCGGGCGUGGGUAAGGGAGCGCGGAGGCGGACGAGCAAACUCGACGUUGUACAUAGCGUGGGGUGCGAAGAGUGACCUCGUUGAUGCGUUGCGCUCUUGGGAGUUGUGGCUACAACAACUCUCAUCCUCGAUGCCAGAGGGAGUCAUAAGCUUGGAUACGCGGGCACGGGAUACUGGGACCUUCUUGGUAGUGUAGCCCUACUGGUGUGCAAUUCUCAGUUAUUGGUGUUGAGCCAUCGUUUAUUCGCCCACACCUACCCCCCCGUUGCCCGGCGCCGUCGUUUGGAUCCACGACGGGCGGAGCAUCAUUGUUGUAAGUAGAAAUGUACCACGAGCAUGGCGGGAUUCACGAAUGACGCUUGCCACUAAUAAAGUUCCUUGGGAGACAGGUGGCAGGCCGACAUGCGAGUUCUCUCUGCUAAUGAGACCUUUGUGGCGAGGAAAGCCUUACACGGUAACGUUUGGUUUCAUUUCAUUGUGUACGUCGCUGUGUCAUUUUGUUGGGCUGGGUUGGGUUGCUUGACUUGAUUUUUCCGUAAGGCCCUAUGAAUUUUUGUCCACCGCGCUUUGCGUUGUUUCUUGGCGGUUGCUGGGGUUGUUCAUCGUUCGUUGAAUAUUCGGCCCGCUUUGUGGUGACAGCGCUGGAGGCAACUGCAGGGUGGCGUGAGAGCCACGCUUUCAGCGUAAGCUGUGCUGGUAGUGCGCUAAUGCGAGGAGGUACAGAUUCUGUGUUCCGACCGCUGGUUGGAUCAUCGGCGGUGGCCGUGCUGAUGAUUUCGUUAUUUCAUGCCCCCAGAGUACUCCAGUAUUUUGGAAUGGCACAUCCCAUUAAGCGCUUUAUGCCAUCCGACACAUAGCCUCAGCUCUCUUGCGAAUGCCCACCACGAACUCCUUGCCAACUGUCUCGAUGGAAGAUAGACGUACCAACAAUUUAUUUUUGGCGGUUGCUGGGAUACGGAAAAUGAGCUGUCUGAGGUUUUUGUGCCAUCGUCCCAGAAAAAUCCGUUUCCACGCGCAGACGAAGCUGGUAACUCGACGACCC